AUGUCUGACAAAGGAGUCGCACCCGAUUCUCACUCUGCCCUCUUCGGUCUCGAAGGGAAACGACCCUCGAGCACACCGGGCGCCGGCGCCGGGUCAGGAAUCAUUGGCACGAGCGGACAUACUGGAUCGGCAAACAAAGGCAGCGUGGCCGGAGUCUCUGACAAAGGCAAUGCGCAAUCCACCACAGCGGGCAUCCAACAUGGUGGAAAUAGCAGUGCUGCUCCUGGCUCAGGCGGGGAGACAUUGACUCCAAGUCAAGGAACGGGAGAGAUACCUCCCAAGGCAUGA